ACCACGGCGUGUUCGUGCCGAUGAAGCUGAUCCGCCCGCAAGCAGACAUCCCCAUCGUCUCCAUGUCCAUCAACUCGAACUUGAGUAACCAAGCUCACUUCGAUUUGGGCAAGGCACUGGCAUCGUACUGUGAUGAGGAUACCCUGAUCUUGUGUUCCGGCCAGUCGACUCACCAUUUCCGCAGCACUCACAGACGUAACCCCACUCUGAUUGAAGGAGCCAAAGCGUUUCAAAACUGGCUGGACAGCACCCUUGCCUCGGAUUCGAAGCUCACCAUGGAGGAGCGGAGUGAACAAAUUACAAACUGGCACAACGCACCUGGGGCAAAAUUCGCGCAUUCGUCUCCUGACCACUUUCUGCCUUUCGUCGUGGCUGCUGGGGCAGGGAUGGAGGAGAAGGAACCGGGAGCAAAGACUUUCUUCGGUGGCUGGGCAUUCGACCAGUUGUCCUUUGCAAACUACGCGUGGGGGACCCAGGAGUAAGAACUCACGGUAAGUUUUACGCGUUAAAACAAAAUCACGAGUAUCGUUUACUGUACUGUUUUACAGUUACAGUAGUCUAGUUCCCACGAAUUAUCUUUUCAAGAAAAAAAGGAACAACAUAUCCUCUUCUUAAGAAUAUGGAACCUC